CUGUUUUUAUUUAUUUCUUUGUUUCAUGUGCAUAAAACAACAACAAUGGUGGAUAAUUGAAGAAGUGUGAAUAUUAGGAUGAGCGAAUGACGUGUCCAGUCAUAGUUACCAGGCCGAUAUCACAAGUGAAUCAACAGGGGGAUGAUGAAGCGGCGCAAUGCGGACUGCAGCAAACUCCGACGGCCGUUAAAACGGAACCGAAUCACCGAGGGUAUAUAUAGCAGCACGUUCCUGUACCUGAAGUUCCUGGUAGUGUGGGUGUUGGUCCUGCUGGCUGACUUUGUGCUCGAGUUCCGCUUUGAGUAUCUGUGGCCUUUUUGGCUUUUCAUUCGAAGUGUCUACGACUCCUUCAGAUAUCAGGGGCUGGCAUUCUCCGUCUUCUUUGUGUGUGUUGCGUUUACAUCAGACAUCAUAUGCCUUCUCUUCAUCCCCGUCCAAUGGCUGUUUUUUGCUGCCAGCACCUACGUAUGGGUCCAGUAUGUCUGGCACACAGAGAGAGGAGUCUGUCUACCCACUGUAUCGCUGUGGAUCCUGUUUGUGUACAUCGAAGCUGCCAUACGAUUCAAAGAUCUGAAGAACUUUCACGUAGACCUGUGUCGACCCUUUGCUGCUCACUGUAUCGGCUAUCCAGUGGUGACUCUAGGCUUCGGCUUUAAGAGCUACGUUAGCUACAAGAUGCGACUGAGGAAACAGAAGGAAGUGCAAAAGGAGAAUGAGUUCUACAUGCAGCUCCUACAGCAGGCGUUACCUCCAGAGCAGCAGAUGCUGCAGAGACAAGAGCGGGAGGCAGAAGAAGCUGCCUUAGCUAAAGGAAUCUCAGAGGUAGAGCCCACAGUGGUGUCCCAAAACGGAGCACCUCCUGGAAAGAAAAGCACUUCAGUACCAUUACCUGAGCUGGAGUACCGGGAAAAAGGGAAGGACACUUCUGCAAAAGAGGGCAAAAAACAGAACACAGUUGGAAUCAAUAACAACAGUAUUAUACACGCACUGGACUCCAAACUACAGGAGACGGAAUAUAUUGAGAACUACGUUGGGGCAAAAAGACUGAACAACGACCUGGCAGGCGACAACACGCACGCCGACACCAACACGCACACUUCUUCUAAAGAGGAAAUUGGGGGGAUGGGGAAGAACUACAAAAAUGCCAGCGGAGGAGGCGGAGGCAGCAACUCGUCACCUCGGAAUCACAGUUCUGCCAACGGCAGCGUGCCGCCAGGUUCCUCAGCUAAUAAGAAUGAGAAGAAGCAGAAGGGAGCAGGGAAGGGGCAGAAGGAUCCGGUGGAGAACUGCAUCCCCAAUAACCAGCUGGGAAAGCCAGAUGCUCUAGUGCGACUGGAGCAGGAUGUGAAGCGUCUGAAGGCAGAUCUUCAGGCCAACAGGCAGCUGGAGUCGGAGCUGCGGAGUCAGCUUUCCUCUCUGAGCAGCCAGGAUCGUAGCCUGCGCUCCGAACUGAGCCAGCUGCGCCAGGACAACGAGCUGCUACAGAACAAGCUCCACAGUGCUGUCCAGGCCAAGCAGAAGGAUAAGCAGACCAUCUCCCAGCUGGAAAAGAGACUAAAGGCUGAGCAAGAGGCUCGGGCUCUGGUUGAGAAACAGCUGGCUGAGGAAAGGAAGAGGAAGAAGAUGGAAGAGGCCACUGCCGCCAGAGCUGUAGCUCUUGCAGCUGCAACCAGAGUGGAGUCGACCGAUUCGCUCCGCGGUCGUAUCAGAGAGCUGGAGACAGAGUGUAAGAAGCUCAGCAUGGAUAUGAAACUCGCAGAGGAGCAGAUUAGAGACCUGGAGGGCAAAUGUCAGGAGCUGCGCAAGUAUAAAGAGAACGAGAAGGACACCGAGGUGUUGAUGUCAGCGCUGUCCGCCAUGCAGGAGAAGACCCAACACCUGGAGAACAGCCUCAGCGCCGAGACCAGGAUCAAACUGGACCUCUUCUCUGCACUGGGGGAUGCCAAGAGGCAGCUGGAGAUAGCACAAGGUCAGAUCCACCAGAGGGAGCAGGAGAUUGCAGAGCUGAAGCAGAAGAUAGCAGAGGUGAUGGCAGUGAUGCCCAGCCUGUCCUACUCGUCAGAUGGCAGCAACCUGAGCCCCGUGACCCCGCACUACUCCUCCAAGUUCAUGGACAAUAGUCCCUCCUCCCUGGACCCCAACGCCUCAGUUUACCAGCCCCUUAAAAAGUGACUCUGACAUCCACGUUUGUCAGACGGGACUUUUCCUUUAUUUUGAUCUCAGUUCUGGUUUCGGGUUAUUUUACAUUAUUUUCAAGCUUACAAAGCCCCGGAAAGUUUUUGCACUUUCAACACGCACACACAGACACACACAGCCCCUCCAUACAUCUGGGUAUUCGCUCUGGGUGUUUUUUAUUUGGGUUUUUUGUCCUAUUUAUUUUAGGGGGGGGUUGAAUUUUGCUUGUUUGUUCAUUUUGGGUUGUUUUUAGUUUUGAGGGUGUGUUGUUUUUUUUGGAUUUAGCCAUCAGACAGCGCGAUCUGUUUGAAGGUUGGAGAAAGGAACAAACAUUGUUUGGCCAAAUGUACUGAAGAGCCAUCAUGCAUCGCUUCGUGUCAGUCUUCUUUUAGUGUAAAGCAUGAACCUCCCUCACAGGCAUAUAUUUCUUUCUCUCUCUCUCUUUGUCGUCUGGAUUAAACUGACAGACAGGCUUUUAGUUUAAGAAGAAUUAGCUUCUUUUUUUUCUUUCCAUGAUGGUUUGUAGAUGACAGAAGGCAUACUUUCAGUGCAGAUGUGAAUUCGAAGCUCACCUGUAAAGUAAAGCCCUGUGAGAGAUACAUGAAUGUAAUACUGUUCAUGUUUUGAUAUCAGCAUUAACAUAAAUCAGUGAUUGUUUGUUUCGGGUUUUUUGUAAUAUUUCAGUUCAGUCACGCCGAUGUACAUUUCUUCUGAUUUAGUGAUACUGAACAGAUGAUCAUUUGCUGUGUUUCUCGGAUACACUUUUAGUCUCUCAAUGCUGGAAUAGCGGUUUCUCCAGGAUUAUCAGUAAGUGGAUGAAGCAGAUGUAGACUACUACUCCUUGAUUGGACGUGGCACUGCCGAAAAAAAGAAAAAUGUUCCAUCAACAUUCAGUUGUUUGCUGCAGACACCUCUCUUCUUCUUCUCCCUUCUGGACCAAAUUAGAACCGGUUAAGGCCAUAUCAUUCGCUGGAUUUAAUGAUGUCGAGGUAACCACCCCGCCCCUCCCGUUACCUUUAUUUGGGGAUCUCACAGUGCCUUGCAGUUUCUCUUUUUCAAAAAAAAUGCAGAAAAUACAUACUUUGCAAUCCUGGGAUUUAAAAGCUUCAAACCUGUUUUCUCUCUCUUUAUCCUGUUCAUCCACUCACACGCGUUCAUCAGUAUUCAAAAGCUAAACCGAUUACGUGUCAUAUCGCAGCUAAUUGACCAGCUGCGAAUUUAAAGGGAAAGCCUAACUCUGGUACAUGGUACGCAUUGUUUCACGGUGACACAGUCUUGGUAUGCCAAACACCAAACCAAACUGAUUGUCUUGCCCUCUUGCCGGCAUUUUGUUGUUUACAGCGAUGUACAUUGACUUAUCGAGGAAUGUUUUCUUUCUUUCGUUUGGGUUCUUAAGUGCCAAGUGUUGCCAUUCUGUUUCCAUCCAUACUUUGAUUGAUGUAGCUAGCAUAAUGUUUGCAGGAAAAAAAAAAAGAGUGCUGUUAUGUUUUUGUUUUGUUUUGUUUUUCGGUUUUGUUUUUUUGUCAGUAGAACAUAUUCGGAUAGUGUUGUGUUUACAAAAGGUUCUGGGCCGAUCAUGAUGAAGCAGCAGAAGCAGAUGGUCAGUCGGACUGCUCGUGUUAUUCGCACAUUUAUUUAUUUGUGACAGCCUUUUUUUUUUUUCCCUUCUUUUUUAAAUUGAGUGACACUUCUUUGAUAUUUCCCAUCACGAUCAGUUGGUUUCCAGUGUUUUCUAACCAGGAAGGAUUGUGUGAAUGUGUCGUGUUGGGAAGAGGUUACCCCUGAACCAUUUGACCAUGUUGUGAUGUCAUGUUGCCUACCUGGGGGGGGGGGGGAAAAAAAAGAAAGAAAAAAAAAAAAAAGUAUUGUUUGUGGAUCGCUCUGGCGUUGUGAAUUCAGUUCUCAAGUUGCUUUUACAAGUUUGUGUAGAAGGAAGAGAAGGUUUUAAAAAGUGCUUUGUUUUAUCUUUUUAUUGCUCCACCAUGUUUUUGUUUUCUUUAUUCAAAGUGAUGGUGGCUGUGUCACACUUUUCACUUUGGUCAUCACUAUUAAAGAAAGUCUUGCUGGUGGCAACGCAAAGCUGUUGA